AUGGCGGACCACCUGUGGCUGAUCGGCUCCCCCGACACCGUGGCCGAGAAGAUCCACCGGCUGUACGGCGACGUGGGCGGGUUCGGCGGACUCCUGAUGCUGGUUUACGACCAGUCGGAGAACAACGCCGCGUGGGAGCAUUCCACCCGGCUGCUGGCCAACAAGGUGAUGCCGCAGGUUGCUGAACUGACCGGUGCAGCGGCGUAG